AUGUCUUCGCUGCCAGGAGGCUUCCUGUCCGUGCGCGUCCUGCGAGGGAUCAACCUUGUCAGCUGCGACGCCAAGGGCAGUGACCCCUACGUCGUGCUCAGCCUGGAUGGUCAGAAACUGAAGACGAGUGUGAUGAAGAAGACGGUGAACCCGGUGUGGAACGAGGAUCUGACCUUGGCUGUCAUGGACGCGUCAGCACCCAUCAAGCUAGAGGUUUUCGACAAGGACACGUUCAGCAAGGACGACUUGAUGGGAGACGCGGAGUUCGACAUCGAGGCGCUGGUGCAGAUCAUACAGAUGGACCUGGAGGACAUCCGCAGCGGCACCGUCGUCCGCUCCGUGCGCCCCGGCGGCAAGGACAGCUGCCUGGCCGACGAGAGCCACAUCAUCUGGGACAACGGCCAGGUCGUGCAGGACCUCCUCCUCAAGCUCAGGAACGUCGACACCGGCGUCGUCCACCUGCAGCUCAAAUGGGUCACCAUCCCAGUUGCACAUGUGGUUUCCAGUGGGAGCAUUUGGGAGGGAGAUAAGCAACAUCCAUACUCCUAA